UUAGAAUAUUCAGAAUUAAGGACUCCUACCAUAUAAUCAAGUUGAUUCAAAGUAUACAGACAACAAUGAAACCAGCAUAUUUCCUUGGACUAUUUUUAUUAGCGAUAUUGAUAACACCAAUUCGUGCUCCUCUCCCUGCAUUGUUACCUCUUGUGGCAAUGUUUGGAGCUGGAUCUUUACUUGGACCAAAGCUUAUGGGUAAUUCAUUUUUCGGAGGAAAAAGCGAUCCACAAACAACUUACAUUCAACUUCCACAACAAUCAUCAAGUAGCUAUGACAGUUAUGGUGGAUAUCCUGCAUACGGUGGAAUGCCAAGUUAUGGAAUGGGAGCAAUGGGUGGAAUGAGUGGAAUGGGUGGAAUGCCAAGUUAUGGAAUGGGAGGAAUCAGUGGAAUGGGUGGUGGUUACAUGCAACAAGGAGGAGGAGGAGGAAGUGUAGGAGGAGGCUUCGGAGGUGGACAAUAUGAUUUUGCCGGAAAACGUAAAAGGCGAUCAUUAAGACGAAGACGAUCAGUAAAUAUGCUUCGACCAUUGGUUUAAGUGGAUCGCAGACAAUGAAACAUUGACCAACAAGAUCGGAGAAAUCUAGUAAUUAAUAAUAAAAAUGUAAAGGCUUUAACUGUUGUACAGUGAAUGCGACUUCUUCGGAAAUACGCUGAAUAUGUAAACAUGGUAUAUCUUACUGACGUGGCUUUCCCAGCCGGUUUGGGAAGAGGUUUGUCUUACUUCACAAACAUAUAGUGCUUUUAGUAAGACAAUGAGUGCAGAUAUCGAACGGGUACACACAGAAUUAUUUUUUACUUGUAAAUAAAUAUACGUUUUUUUA